GAGAUUAAAUGUUUACAGUUAAGUCAACGUGAGAAAAAAGGCCGGAUUUCGCGCCAUUACGGUCAAAUACACAUCGGUAGCGUGUCUUUUUUUGUCAGACUACUGCCAUGUGAUGGCAUAUGAGUCGAGUGUAAUGUAACAGUCCCCACCGACGCUUGAGUGCCGCCUUUGACGCUCAUUGACAUGACAUGGACGGCGGAGUGUCUCACUGAUAACAGAUGAACUGAGGAACGAUGUCGGACCAGGGUUAUGGCUUAACUCUCUCGGCAGCUCAGGGGCUUCGCAGGGGCAGCACCCCCCUACCAAUAAAGCAUCAGCUAAGGCGAGAAGAGGCAGUGUCUGAGGAUUAUGAUUGGACGCCGGGGCUUGACGAGCCUGCAACUCCACAAAUCAGCAUCAGCAAUGUCCAAGAUUCACCCACCCCAAAACCUCCACAGCAAAAGUACCACGGACCCCUCCGGAUAGUACUCCUGGGCCAAAACGGAGUGGGCAAAUCCUCUCUGGCACUUUGUCUUGCCGGAAUGUCUGAUGGAUCACUCUCUAUAGACUCAGAAAAUCAAGCAACCGAUGAGGGUUACCAGCGACGAGUGACCGUGGAUGAUGAGGACAGCACAGUUUUAGUGUAUGACAAUUGGAAACAGGACCUGUCCACCCUGCAAUGCGAGGUGUGCAUCCUGGUGUUCUCGUUGACGGACAGGCGUAGUUUCCACCGGAUUGCCCAGCUCCGCUUGCUGAUGAGGGAGUCUCUGCCCCACACCCCAAUCAUCCUAGUGGGCAACAAGAGUGACCUUGUGCGUUCCCGCGAAAUCAGCAUUGAGGAGGCUCACUCCAGCGCAAUGAUGUUUGGCUGCUUGUAUCUGGAACUCUCCGUCUCUCUGGACCACCGCACUAAUGAUCUACUGGAGGCGGCUGUGAGAGCGGCCCGUGGCCACAGCCUAGGGCCCGGCUGGACGGAGGGGUCCCCCGCAGCAGCUCGAAGAGAGAGCAUGACCAGCAGAGCCAAACGCUUCUUGUCUGGGCUGGUUCCUCGCUCCCACCUUGGCAGAGACAGAGAAAGGGAUGGAGGAAGAGACCGAGACCUCAGUAGACACAGAGGAAGUAGAAUGCUCAGGCAGAAAUCACGUUCCUGUCAUGACCUCAGUGCUCUAAUGUAACAAAAAGGACUGAUUCCCCGUUCACACUGACAGCGAUUUUAUUGUUGGAGAUAGUGGCACUGUUGGUCGCUACCAAGCGUUCCUGCCGCUGGAUGCCCUAAUGUUAUUGGUGGGCUGCGCAACUGGGUAUAACAUUUUUUUAGAGUAAUGUUAUGUAUUGCCAGUAAAAAUAAGAUGGCAUUCUAUUUUGACAAAAUGUUUUCUUGCUGCUAAUAUUAACAUUCAGGUGGACAAAACAUUUGUAUAUAAAUUGCCGCAGUGCAUAAUACAUUAAAUUGUAAACGAGAUUAUCAUUGUACGUAUAAAACACACAUUUUCGGUUUCACAUGCAUUUUAUUUUUAUAUCACUGUAUGUGGGUUGUCACAAAUCAUAUAGGAUUAUUCCAUUUCAAAAAUGCUAAUUUUUAAAAUUACAAAAUGUAGAUUUUGCUUCUAUUUCUUCUG